AUGAUUAAAGCUUAAAAGUCAGUUAUACAAACUUCGGGAGUCGACUAGCAAAUGUAUUUACCAAGGGUCUAUGUAGCAUAUUAUUUUAUUCCUUUGUUUGCAAGAUGGGUAUGGAAAAUAUACAUACAUCAUCUUGAGGGGAGUGUUGAUAACCAUGAUUUUAGGGCACAUUUUUAAGAGUUAAUUAUGUAAAUUUAUUUCCUAUUUAAUAGUUAUAUUUCUGUAAUUAUAUGUAUCUUUAAGUUUAUUAUAAAUUAUAACACUCAGCAAUAGGGUAAAGAUAUAACCCUAUUUCGUUCAAAUCUCUCUGCGUCUAAAACCUACAGAUAUUUAGGUGCAAAAAAAUUAUACACAUGAAACGCAAGCGAGGCCGCCCAAAAGGUUCAAAGAAUAAGCACAAACAUCUUCUGGGUGAUAGAAAUGAAGAACUCAACGGAAAAAUUGCAGAAUGCAACAAUGUCAAGGGCUGUCUUGCUGGCUUUAAGAAUGAUGGGUGUAGUAUUUUGAAUGAGGAAUUGACAAAGAUGGCUACUGAAGCUGCUGGUGUUAAUGAUGUAAGACAGAUGAAUUAUCAGCCAAAGAAGAAGCGAGGUAGACCAAAAGGUUGGAGGAAAAAGAAGCCAAAUACUAUUUCUGAAGAACGGAACCAACUACGGCUGCUGAAGGAAAAAAGCCAACUACUUCUUCACAGAGAAAUAAAAACAGAUGAAUUAACAGGUAAUUCAGGCAGUGCUUGCAAGAAGCGUAGAGGAAGGCCGAAGAAGUUUAGCAGCCCACCAGAAAAUUCAGAAUUACUGGACAAUACUGAGAGCAAAAAGGUCCAGAGGAACUUGAUGUGCCAUCAGUGUUGGAAGAGUGAUAGGAACGGUGUUGUUAUUUGUUCCAACUGCAGAAGGAAGCGCUAUUGCUAUGACUGCCUUGCAAAGUGGUAUCCAGAGAAAACAUGGGAACAGAUAGAAAUUGCUUGUCCGUUUUGCCGUGGUAAUUGUAACUGCAGAUUAUGCUUAAAGGAAGAUGCAGUUGCGCUGGUUGGGAAUACUGAAGCAGAUAAAAAUACCAAAUUGCAAAAUUUUCUUUAUUUGCUUUACAAGACUUUGCCCCUGCUGAGGCAUAUUCAGCAGGAGCAGAGCUCUGAACUGGAAGUGGAGGAAAGGAUUCGCGGUGUUCAGUUGACAGAAGAGGAUGUACCAAAAUCUGUACUUGAUGAUGAUGAUCGAUUAUAUUGUGACAAUUGCAAUACAUCCAUUGUUAAUUUUCAUAGAAGCUGCUCGGAUCCUGGUUGUUCUUAUGAUCUCUGUCUUACUUGUUGUUCGGAGAUCAGAAAAGGGAUUCAGUCUGGAGGUAAUGAUGCCGAAUCUUUGCUCCAUCAAUUUGUUGAAAGAGUAAAUGGUCAAGAUACAUAUUUGAAUGACCAGAUAACUGCAAAUCAGAAAAGAUUUUGUUGUGAGAUGCAAGUGUCCCAUCUAGUAAACAAAUGUGACACUGAGUCAUCAAAUGACUCUCCUGAUUGGAGAGCAGAGACUGAUGGGCAGAUUUCUUGUCCUCCUAAAGCACGAGGUGGCUGUGGCACUGGGAUGCUUGUUAUGAGACGCGUCUUUGAAGCUAAUAUGGUUAAAGAACUAAUUAAGAACACAGAGGAACUUAUUAUUAAUUAUAAGCCACCUGAUACUGAUUCUUUUCAAGGAUGUUAUUUGUGCCGUCCUUUCAGUUCUACUGACUGCAUAAUGAAAGAUUUUGAAGUGAGGAAGGCAGCAGAUAGGGAGAAAAGUGAUGAUAACUUUCUCUACUGUCCAAAUGCUCUUUGGUUGGGAGAUAAUGAAAUUGAGCAUUUUCAAAUGCAUUGGAUGAGAGGGGAACCUGUUAUAGUUAGAAAUGUACUUGACAAAACUUCCGGUUUGAGUUGGGAACCAAUGGUCAUGUGGAGGGCUCUUAGAGGUGCAAAAAAGAUUUUAAAAGAGGAAGCACAAAGGGUUAAAGCUAUUGAUUGCCUGGACUGGUGUGAAGUUGAAAUUACUAUUUUCCAGUUCUUCAAAGGUUACUUAGAGGGUCGUAAGUACAGGAAUGGGUGGCCAGAGAUGCUGAAGCUGAAGGAUUGGCCCCCAUCAAAUUCAUUUGAAGAAUGUUUACCCAGGCAUGGUGCUGAAUUUAUAGCUAUGCUUCCCUUUAGUGAAUACACCCAUCCAAAAUCAGGUCUUCUGAAUCUUGCUACAAGGCUUCCUGCUGUCUUGAAACCAGACUUGGGACCCAAAACAUACAUAGCUUAUGGAUCUAAGGAAGAACUUGGCAGAGGUGAUUCCGUGACGAAACUGCAUUGUGACAUUUCUGAUGCGGUUAAUGUACUCACCCACAUGACUGAAGUGAAGAUCCCCACAUGGCAAAGGAAAAUUAUAGGCAAACUACAACAGCAAUAUGAAGAGGAAGAUUUGCAUCAGAUUUCUGGUGGGAUGCUGAAAGCAUCAGGUACAUUUGGAAGGAAGGCACGAAAAAGAACACGUAAAGAUGAGAGGAUAGAUCCUGAAUUAUCUCAAAAAGUGGAAAUAAUUGAGUGUGAGUCCUCACUAGAAAGUUUGUAUAUACAGAAAAUGAAACUGGAUGAAGAACGAAAUAAAAGCCAGGAGUUGAGUACUAUGGGAUCGUGUAGCAUUCAGUUGGUCCCAAAAUUUUCUACAACAGGAUUGACUGUAACUGAAAAUUCCAAGAAGCAGUUGAUUGGAAGGGUGCAAUAUUCUGACUCGCAUAUGCUUAAUUCCAGCUCCUUGUGGGACAAACAUUCUGCGAAUAGCAUUGGUUUAAUUAAGAAACAGGAUGAGUUGAAAGCAUCGCCGUCAAAAGUCGGUGACCUUGCUGAGGAUAAUUCAUUACUUCGAACUAUGCAUAGAAGCACAUCUGAUGGUCCUCUCGUAGAUGAAAUCAUAGGAAUGAAGGUGGAAAAAAACAGUUCUUGUUCGCUCAGUCAUCAACAUGAUAAAUGCACCAGCUAUAGUGAUGCAUUAAAGGAACGAAAUGAUUUGGAAUCAAUUGAUUUGAAUGAAAAUAUGAGCAGAGAAUCUCUUCCAGACAAUCAUGCAGCACAAAUUCUAUAUGGGGGUGCUGUAUGGGACAUUUUCCGUAGGCAGGAUGUGCCCAAGUUAAUUGAGUACUUGAAGAAGCAUCAAAAAGAAUUUCGUCAUAUCAGUAAUCUUCCUGUCAAUUCUGUUAUUCAUCCUAUUCAUGACCAGACUUUCUAUCUAAAUGAGAGACAUAAAAGACAAUUAAAGGAGGAGUUCAGUGUUGAACCGUGGACAUUUGAACAGCACCUUGGUGAGGCUGUUUUCAUUCCAGCAGGGUGUCCGCAUCAAGUGAGAAAUAGACAGUCUUGCAUAAAAGUUGCCCUUGAUUUUGUAUCCCCCGACAAUGUUCAAGAGUGUAUCCGAUUGACAGAAGAGUUCCGUAUGCUUCCAAAGAACCAUAGGGCUAAAGAAGAUAAAUUGGAGGUAAAGAAGAUGGCAAUGUAUGCUGCAAGUGCUGCUGUAAGCGAAGCAAAAAGCCUAACUUCUGAACUCCAAUCACUAGAUGGCGACACGCAAGUACAAGAGAAUGUAAUGUAAUUUGUAAAUGAAGUGUUGUUCUCUGUAAAUAUUGCCAAUUUAUGGUAAUGUAAAUGGUAGUUGCUAAGGAAGAGCUGAUGUCCACUAGUUAAUUACAGAAUAGGCUUCUGUCUGACCUUGUAUGUUUUGUUUGAUUUUGCUAUUCAGUGUUGUAAACUACUUGUGUAAUAAAUUAGGCCUAAGAGAUAGAAAGUGGACUGCAAGUAGUUUCCAUUUUGAUGA